AUGAAGAAUCCGCUUCUCCUGUGUCUGGCAGCAACGCUGAUCGCCGCUGCCGCGGCUCAACAACAAACAAUGGGACAAAUGCCGUUUUUCGCCAACACCGAUCCAAUGAUGUCAAAGUUGUCUCAAAUUCAGUUCGCCGACGCUCCAGCCUCGCCAAAGGUUGACAAAUAUCCAGACAUCGAUGCCCAUCGAAUCAUCGCGCCGAUCAUCAGCCCAAUAAUGGACGUGUUUGAUCAAAUGCAAGAAAACGCAAAAGCUCGUGCUCAAGCCGAGAAAAUCAAGAAGGAUCGCGACGAUCAUCCGUUUAGCACAUCGAAAAGUUUAUGGGAGAUGAUUCAGCGCCUUCAGCAGCCAACGACGACAACAACCGAGCCACCACCUCUUCUCGAGCGCCUUCUCAAACCAUACAUUGAACCGUGGCAGAAGCAAUUGGACGAUUUCUCACACAAUAUGGCUGGGAUCACAUUGAUCCCGACAACAACGACAACGACGCCCGCACCAACAACAACCACUACACAAAACAUUCUCGAGAAAUCGCUGUCCGUCUUCUUCCCAUCGCUUCGCCGCAAACCUCAAUCGGUGCCAACUCUUGCUCCAACAACUACUUCGUCUCCACGCCUCUUCGAUCCCGACAUGUUCGAUCGCAUUUUCUUCAAAAGAGACAAACGUCAAGCUAGCAUUCCAAAAACACCGGAGGCGAAGGCUCCCGAGUUCAAUCUUUUCACAGUUCCGCCACCGCCGCCGCUCUUUCGCGAAUGGGAGAAGCCGAUUCUCGAACUCGCCAAUCCGUUCACACCGAACCCACUAAUGAAGAUGUUCACAACGAACAAGCCACCAGCGACGCUUCCACCACUUCCACGACCCGAAGAAACUGAUCCGCUGGCAUUUUUCAAGAAGAAUCGCAACCCAUUGCCAGAGCCACAAUUCAAGCUUCAAGAUCCAUUCUAUAAUCCUCUAUUCCCAAAGAGAAAAAGCAAAUUGUUCGAUUUGUUAGCAGGAGGAGAAGCCGGACGACUACUCGGAUGA